AUGGAGGAAAUGGAAGAGAUAGAGAUCUUUAUAGUUGGCACUGGCAUUUGUGGCCUUGCUACUGCGCUUGCUCUUCAUAGGAAAGGUAUCAAAAAUGUGGUUUUAGAAAGAUCGGAGUCACUGCGAGCAAGCGGAGCAUGUAUCACUAUCCGGACGAAUGGUUGGCGGUGCCUUGAUCAGCUUGGUGUUGGCUCUGACCUCAGUCAGACAAACUGCCCUUCCUUUGCAAGGGUAACUACGAGACGGGCAGAAACUCGAUGCAUGAGGCGGAGUGAUCUUAUCAGGAUCCUAGCAGAAAGCUUGCCUCUCGGCACAAUUCGCCUUGGAUGCCAAAUACUCUCCGUUACACUAGACCCACUUACUUCCUAUCCAAUUAAUCAGCUCCAAAACGGGAGUGCCAUCCAUGCUAAGUUCUCAUACUUAGUAACCUUUGAGGGUCCUUUAAUCUACAAAUCAUUUGGAUUAAUAUCGCAAGUUUUGAUUGGAUGUGAUGAAGCCAACUCUGCAGUUGCACAUUUUCUUGAGCUAAAGCCAAAAAUUCUUUUGUCGUUGUCAGAAACUAGAGGUUUUACCAAUUAUCCAAGUGGUCAUGGUUUCAAGAUGGAAUUUUUUCAAGUUUCUGAGGACGACAACAUAAUGUUUGGAAGGCUGCCAAUUGAUAAUAAGUUGGUCUAUUGUGCAGUGAUUGCAAAGGAUCCAGAGCUCAUUCAUAAACUGACUCUUGAAUCGAUGAAGGACUUCCCCACAGGAAGUGGUGGACAUGAUAAGAAACAGUGA